UGUAUGGUGGUACCAAUGUAAAACUUUCAUGGCGAAGAAAAGUUUACUUCUCAGUAGUCACGACUUUUCAUACAGUGUCAGUGAAUUAUUUUUCAAAGUUGAAAUAGGUAAAGUGUAAGGGUAUUAUUUUCAGUGCAUCAGAUUAAAUAUGAGUUACCACCGUGGAGGUGGUAACAAACCCAAGGGAUUUGGGUUUGCAGGCUUCCAAAUGUCAGGAACUAAGAGAAGUGGAGCUAACAUACCUCCACCGCCUCAAAAUUCAGCACUCAGCAAACAGGGUUAUCAUACUAUGAAUGCAAUUACGGAAAAUGCACUGUCUGCAUGUUGGGGUAUACCAAAGAAACGCAGUAAGACUGAAGAGGAAUACUUUGAGGAUGACGACGAGCCACCAACUUCCUCAUUGGAAUACAUUCCUGCUCCUGGAUCACCGACUUACGACAUGAUGAAAAAAAAUGAUAGAAAGGGACGUGACAGCGACAGUGAGGAAGAUCCUUUGGAUGCCUUCAUGGCUGGAAUUGACGCUGAAGUAAAAAAGAAUACUUUUGAUGCUCAAUUUACCGAGGAAGAACGGAAGGAGGAGAAACCAAAAGGAUUCCGGGCUGAUAUCGAUGGAGAAGAUGACGAGGAGAGUUACUAUAGGUAUAUGGAAGAAAAUCCAACAGCCGGAUUGCAACAGGAAGAAUCUGAUCAGGAAAUAGAAUACGACGAGGAUGGAAAUCCUAUAGCUCCUCCAAAGAAGAAGGAUAUAGAUCCCCUACCAUCCAUAGAUCAUUCAGAGAUACAGUACGAGGCUUUCGAGAAGAAUUUCUACAACGUUCACGAGGAGAUUGCUAGCUUGGGGAAACAACAGAUUGAAGAACUGCGAAAGACUCUGGGUAUCAAAGUGACUGGACCGUCGCCACCAAAUCCAGUGACAAGUUUCGCUCAUUUCUGUUUUGACGACGCGUUGAUGAAGACCAUUCGCAAAAAUGAGUACACACAGCCUACGCCAAUUCAAGCUCAGGCUGUGCCUACUGCCCUUAGUGGUCGUGAUCUGAUAGGAAUUGCGAAAACCGGUAGCGGUAAAACAGCAGCCUUUAUUUGGCCAAUGUUGGUACACAUUAUGGACCAAAAAGAGCUCAAACAUGGCGAUGGUCCUAUUGGUUUGAUUCUCGCGCCAACCAGAGAGCUGUCACAGCAGAUCUACCAAGAGGCCAAGAAGUUUGGUAAGGUUUACAACAUCCAAGUCUGCUGCUGCUACGGGGGUGGUAGUAAAUGGGAGCAGAGCAAAGCCCUGGAGGGUGGUGCUGAAAUAGUCGUAGCUACACCUGGCCGAAUGAUUGAUUUGGUCAAAAUGAAAGCCACAAAUUUAUCUAGGGUUACGUUUCUCGUUUUAGACGAGGCUGACAGAAUGUUUGAUAUGGGUUUUGAACCCCAAGUAAGAUCUAUAUGUAAUCACGUAAGACCCGACAGACAAACAUUGUUAUUCAGCGCUACCUUCAAAAAGAGGGUAGAAAAAUUAGCAAGAGACGUUUUGACGGAUCCUGUAAGAAUAGUUCAGGGUGACGUGGGUGAAGCUAAUACCGACGUUACUCAACACGUCAUAAUGUUCCACAAUAAUCCUGCAGGAAAGUGGUCCUGGUUACUGCAUAAUAUUGUGGAAUAUUUGAGCGCUGGAAGUCUAUUAAUAUUCGUUACGAAAAAGUUAAACGCAGAGGAACUUGCGAACAACCUUAAAUUGAAAGAGUUCGAUGUUCUCCUUUUACAUGGUGACAUGGAUCAGGUUGAAAGAAACAAAGUUAUCACAGCUUUUAAAAAGAAAGAAGUCAGCAUUUUAGUAGCUACAGACGUAGCCGCUCGUGGUUUGGAUAUACCACACAUAAAGACAGUGGUGAAUUAUGACGUUGCGCGAGACAUCGACACGCAUACGCACAGAAUAGGAAGGACAGGUCGUGCUGGUGAAAAGGGAACGGCUUACACCUUGGUCACCGAGAAGGAUAAAGAAUUCGCUGGUCACCUCGUGAGGAAUCUCGAAGGAGCCAAUCAGGAAGUGCCGAAAGGUUUAAUGGACCUGGCUAUGCAGAGCGCCUGGUUCAGAAAAUCAAGAUUCAAGGGUGGAAAAGGUAAAAGUCUAAACGUCGGGGGUGCAGGAUUAGGUUUUCGUGGUAGACCAGAACCACCCUCAGGACAAUCCUGUGGUGGAUCCUCUUCCCAACCACCGAAAGACAUAAGCGAAGUUGUUAAGAAACUCGAAAGACAUGGACCAGGUAGCGACAGGCUUUCCGCCAUGAAAGCUGCCUUCAGGAGUCAGUACAACACUCAGUUCCGAGCAUCUUCCGAUCACACGUGGGAACAGACGAUACAGCCAGCUUCGGUGAUUAUGCCACCACCACCUCCUGUAGGACUUUCUGCAAAUUCUUCGACAGAAGAUGUUAACAGUCAAGACGGUCAGAACAGUGAGAAUCCAGGAAAUCAGGAAAAGGUGGAACGAAAGAGGGUGAGAAAAAGUCGAUGGGAGUAAUUUCGGCACAAUUUUAUUCUAUCGGCUAUACGAGACGAUUACGAUCGUUCAUUCGAAUAUAACAAAUAUCAAUUCGUUUUAUAUUAUAAUAAAACAUUUGCCAUUGUGCAAA